AUGCCACGGCUCACCGAUUCUUCCUUGGCGAUCAUUUCCCAUGCUGUAGGGAUUGUGAUGAGGCCUCCUCCAGGUUUGGCAGAAAUACUAGGGCAGCACUUGCCUGUUUUUGCUUUGAAACGUUUGGCAUCUGGGGAUAUGUGGCGAACAAUUAGUGAUGCAUUUGGAGUGGCUUCAUGCACUGCCCAAACUUGUCUACGCUGUUUCAGGUAUGCAUUGCUUGAGCAUGAAAGACUAAUGAUCCAUUGGCUGGAUGAGGAGGGAAUGAAAGAAGUUAUAAUUGGAUUUCAGAGAUUGUGUGGAUUCCCAAACUGUUGUGGUGCAAUGGAUUGCACUCACAUUGCAAUCGAGCUCCCAGGAUCAGAGGAUGCAACGGAUUGGUAUGUUGGGGCAAAAAAGUACUACUCGAUGGUAGUUCAAGCUGUGGUAGACAGUAAGACUUCAUUCCUUGACAUAACAACAGAGAUAGCAGGUAGUGUUCCAGAUAGGCGAGUUUGGAAUUCUAGUGGUUUGAAGAAGGCUUGGAUUGAGAAGAAGCGUUUAUGUGGUUCAGUAUACCACACAGAGUUUGGGGACAUUUCACAAUAUAUCAUUGCAGAUGGAGGAUAUGACUGUGCUUUACCGGUGUUGGUCCCAUAUCCAAACAGGUUUCAUGGCAAAGAGCAGUACAACUUCCUUCAUUCUUCUAUGAGGAUUGUUGUCAAGCGAUCUUUUGGAAUUUUAAAGAGGCAAUGGAAAUUGCUAGCUUGGAAAGGAUUCAGAGGUCAUCUAGGCAUCCUUGCGAAUAACAUCAUAGCUUGUUGUGUGCUACAUAACUUAAUGAUCACACAGAAUGAUAGGUUCAUGGAAGAUUUUGACCCCGACAAAUUUAACCAUGAUGCAGGCUACCUUCCACAAAGGUCUCUUCGUUCAGCUAAAGAUGGCAUAGCAUUGAGAGACACAGUGGAAAAUAAACCGGCAGCUCAGAAGAACGGUGAUCACAACAAUGGUGAUGCGCUCUCCAGGCGAUGGUUUAUGUCGAGCUCCCUCUAG